GCUACACUAUUAUUCAGGUGGAUAAAAAAGUUUCUGAAUCUCGAAUAUCUAUAUUUCCGAGAUGUCUCUAGUGAACAUCAAGGACAGUGAGAUUGAUAUUGUGAUUGGAGCCGUCAAUGCGGACUUAACAUCAUUCAUUAAUGAAUGGAAACCAGUAUUCUCUAGUUUCCAUUUGAUAAUUGUCAAAGACCCUGAUCUCAAGGAGGAACUCCAGAUUCCUGGAGGGUUUAACCACCAAGUCUACACUAAGUCUGACAUAGACCGAGUUGUAGGUCCCAAAAAUUCUGUGUUGUUCUCUGGUUAUUCGUGCAGGUAUUUUGGUUAUCUUGUAUCUAGGAGGAAAUAUAUUAUUUCUGUUGAUGAUGACUGUGUCCCUGCUAAGGACAGUAAGGAGUUUCUGAUAGAUGCUGUAGCGCAGCAUAUUUCGAAUCUUACAGCUCCAGCUACUCCAUUCUUUUUUAAUACGCUUUAUGAUCCUUUCCGUAAGGGAGCUGAUUUUGUCCGUGGGUACCCAUUCAGCCUGAGAAGUGGGGUUGACUGUGCACUGUCAUGUGGACUCUGGCUCAAUCUAGCUGACCUUGAUGCACCUACACAAGCCCUCAGGCCAAACCAGAGGAAUUCUAGAUAUGUUGAUGCAGUAAUGACUGUUCCAGCUAGGGCCAUGAUGCCCAUCAGUGGAAUCAAUAUUGCCUUUAACCGUGAGUUGGUGGGUCCUGCGUUGUGCCCAGCUUUACAGUUAGCUGGGGAAGGAAAGCUGAGGUGGGAAACAAUGGAAGAUGUAUGGAGUGGGAUGUGUGUCAAGGUUAUGUGCGAUCACCUUGGCCUCGGAGUGAAAACUGGUCUUCCUUACAUAUGGAGGAAAGAUAGAGGUAAUGCCAUAGACAGCUUGAAAAAGGAAUGGGAAGGAGUGAAGCUGAUGGAAGAGGUGGUUCCUUUCUUUCAGUCGGUAAGGCUGCCACAAACAGCUACAACACCUGAGGAUUGCAUGGUGGAGAUGGCGAAAGCAGUGAAGGAGCAGCUAGGAGCUGUGGAUCCUGUGUUUACUCGUGCUGCUGAAGCCAUGAUGGAGUGGCUCAAGCUUUGGAAGGCCGUUGGAUCAGGUUCAUCCGCAGCAGUGUAGAAGUUAUUAUUGCCUAAAAUAUUUCAACUACCUCCACUGUUAUAUUCGAGUUAGAUUUUAUUUACAGUUAUAGUUUUUGAAUCCCUUGCAUGCUACUUGUUUUUGCUACAUUACCUUGAGAAUUGUAGUAGCAAACUGUUAUAUUCGAGUUAGAUUUAUUUACAGUUAUAGUUUUUGAAUC